ACAACAACAACAAGACUGGAUUAUUCAAAGAAGGCGAUGCUGUCUUACCGAAGCGCGGACUUCGGGAUAAGGAGAGUCCUCCUGAAUCAAAGACUCAUCGAUGGCCGCCUCCUUCUCGGCAUUGCCCGAAGCCAAAGCCUCGUCAAUGUUGUCGAGCUUAUCAAUGUCGAGGAAGGGAUCCCAUCGAUGCUGCUUCCUGAAGUUUCGGAGCUCAGACUCGACAUUCUCAGCUCCAGGGAGGACGUCGACGCCCGAGGACACGGCCUCGGUCUCGACGCGGGCGUCGCUCUUGCCAAAUCGAAAGCCCAUCUUGGAUGGUUAUCCGUGCUGCCACUUCAGUCAAGAGUGGUGAAGAUUACGCAACCGAGUGCGAGAGAAUAGCAGAUGGGCUUAUCUGGAGAAAAAAGAGAAAAAGAAGAGAGGCCUUGGACAACGAGGGGGAGACCCGGCAUGUUUAUAGCACUCUGGCCAUGAUCGCCUCCCAGGACUGCACAGCACCUGCAGCUCUGCAACAUGGCAACGCCACUGUCCGUGUGCGUGCUGGGAUGGUGCUAUCUGGUUGCGGGGGGGCGGUUGGUCGGUUGAGCCGAUUCACAUUAGCACGGGCCAGGCUUGUGAUACUGUCUGCGUCCCCUUGCCAGCUUGGUGUAAAGCAGUUGCAUCUUCCUACUUUGUCCUCGCACUCUCACCAAUUUUCCCCGAUCUGCAGCCCGUCAUCAAGAGGUGGUCUCUGCUCUCUGCUCUUUGCAGGGACCCUUUGCAACGAAGAUGCGCCUGACAAGAUGGUGGCGGCCUAUCUCUUGGACUAGGGCCACGGGUGCUAGUCUGGCCUUGGCCUAGAAUGCCAUGAUCGAGUCUGGAGAAUUGGGGCGGCAAGUCUUGGCUAAGCAAGGGUAGGCACAU